AGUUGACUGCCAACCAACCCAAACCAAAGAACAAAAGACACACUCAACAAAACGACAUCCAUCCAUCGGCAAUCGACAAUCGACAAUCGAGAACCGAGCAGCCUAUCGGAGCCUGCACUAUCGACUCAGACUCACAUCGCCCUCCAUCUCGCUUUCUAUCUUCGAUCUAUUCGCCGUUUAUCCCUCGUUGCAUUCGCUUAGCCGCCGCCAGCUGUCUCAAAUCUAUCGUCAGCCUGCCUCGAUCCGAGCGCGCUUAACACGGUCUCAAUCUUCUUCCAACCCAACCAAUCCGACCCACUACCCCACCUUGCCUCCAAACCAUCGAUCCUCCUUUCAAAACCAUGAACCCAUCCUUCCCAAUACAACGUCCUGGCGUCGUCAACAGUCCCGCAACUCCGCUCAUCGCCGACCCCCAUCUAUCAAACUCACCCCAGCCGCCAAACCAAUGGGCUACACUCAGCACCAAUCCUGAUCUACAGCGUACACUCUGUAAAGCAGCCGCAUCCGGUCAACUCAACUCAGAACAGAUGAACUCCUUCGGUGCUUACAUGAAAGGUAACCCCAAUGCCUUCAAGAUGUUUCAACUUGAAAUGCAAGCUAUCCAACAACAGCAGAUGGUACAACAACAACAACAACAACAACAGAAGCGACAACAACAACAGCAACAACAGCAACAGCAACAGCAACAACAACAACAACAACAGCAGCAGCAGCAGCAACAGCAACAACAUUCAUCACCACCACCUCAGCAUCCCGAACAAGAUAAAUCCUUCCAGCCGGCUCAUCAAAUUGCUAAUGGCAACACUGGCUACAUCUCCAAUAACCUCCCGGCAUCUCAAGCACCACUCCCGAUGGCUCAUUACCAACAACCCCUAGCCACCUCACCACAACCCCUCCAUCAAAGGCCUAUUCCUGCUGAGCUCAGUAUGCCCAUGUCUGAUGCCCAAACCAACCAAAUGUUGAUGCAGUACAAACAGGCUCAAGAAACUCUCAGAAACCUUAGCCUUCCCGUCGCUGAGCGCGAGGCAGCUACACAACGUUAUAUCGAGUCUCGUGACAUCCUCACCGCUCGGCUCAAUCACAAUCGUCGUGACAACAAUGGUAACAGUCCAAGUCCCCAAAACUCGCAGACAGCAGUUCCUCACACCGCCCACCCCCAACAUCCCAACGAAGCCCAGCGAGCACAAAUGUCAGCCGUCUAUCAGAGACAACAGCAGAUCAUCUCUGGUAUGCAGUAUGUCACUCAAGCUAACAAUGGUAACAUUGCCCGGCCCCUCAACAGCAAUCUCUCUGCUGCUACCUCAAGUCCUCGUCAAAACCUGAACCUUUCAGGACGGAAUAGUCCUGCUCCCAAUCCCCACAAUACUAAUCAAACCAUGGGUCAUCCGAUCUCUCGACCAGGAUCAUCUCACCAAUCGAUCGUCGGUGGUCCUGCGUCCUCGCCGCCGGCCAUGUCCAACGCCGCCAGUCCGCCGAACAGCUCUGUCAUCGAUCUCACCAAGAGGCGUAUAGCUUCCAGGCCAGCCCCUAAGAAAGUGAGUCAAUCCAUCGGAACACCCGGUUCCAACGCCGGCUCGCCUAUGAGUCAACCCAUCAAUCUGGCAACCUCACCCCAUCCUACACAUGCAUCCCUUGGCCCUACUUCGCUUGGUACUCCCCACUCAACCCCUCAACCCAAUGGUCUUCCAUCAAACCCAAACGGCUGCAACAACACAUCCCAGGCCUCACCUCCGGCUUUACAACCCAAUGGAUCUCCUGGUCGUCCCAAAGAAGCAUCUCUCUCACCUGUCCCUCCUACGAUAACCACUCCAGCAACUACUACCUCCAAGGUUUCUCCUGCAGCCCAGCCCAACCAGCCUGCUGCCCUGUCAAAACCUGCCCAUGCUGCCGUUCCCAGUCUUGCGUCUCAGCAGCACUCUGCAAUAGCUGCUCAACAACAACAACAGCAGCAGCAGCAACAGCAACAGCAACAACAGCAACAGCAAGCUGCACAAGUUGCAGCUUCAUCAGCUGCAGGUCCCACUCCCACAACUAAUACUCAUCCUGCUCCUCGCGAUCCGCCAAGCACUCAGCCCACGACACCAGCCCCAGUCCCCUUCCCUCCACCUAGACCAACUAUCACCGGUGGGCACGCAACUUCUUCCACAUUGGCAGGCUCGUUGAUGCAUCGACCGCCCACCAACGGAAUAAAUGAGGCCCUCGGUCAGGCUAGUGGAACCCAUGAAGCUACAAGAGGCCAAGAAGCUACUAGUGCUAACCGGAUCAUCUCCAAACGGAAAAUCCAAGAGCUUGUCGAAAGUAUUGAUCCUUCAGAAAGAUUAGAAACUGAAGUUGAAGAUUUGUUGUUAGAAUUGGCAGACGAGUUUAUUGAUUCCGUCACCCGCUUCUCCUGUCAAUUGGCCAAACACAGAAAAUCAGACCGCCUAGAAACAAAAGAUAUCCAGUUACAUCUUGAACGCUCAUGGAAUAUCAGAAUCCCAGGGUUUGCUAACGACGAGAUCCGUCAGAGUCAAUCCCGUCGUAUCAACGCUUUACCCAGCUACCAAUCGCGCGUAGCCAUCGUUCGCGAAGCUAUCCGUAAACGUCGGUCUACUAAUACCUGA